AUUCUGGCUGGUGCUCAAGAAAGUUUGAUGGAAAAAGUAACCUUGAAACCAUGUGAGACUUAUGACUUGAAGAUCCUGAAAGGCCCUCCAGAUUACAUGUCAAUAGCUAAUAGCACUGAGGCCUUGGAGAAGAUUGAAGCGUGCAUGAAAGUGUGGAACAGACAGAUCGAGCAGGUUCUUGCCGAAAGCGACCAGUUACGCAAGGAAGCCGAUGAUCUUGGUCCCCGCGCGGAGUUGGAUCACUGGAAGAAACGGAUGUCAAGGUUCAAUUAUCUGCUAGAUCAACUAAAGGCACAGGAUGUGAAGGCGGUGCUCGGUGUGCUUACAGCUGCAAAAUCCAAACUUCUUAAGACUUGGCGAGAGCUGGAUAUCCGCAUUACUGAGGCAGCCAAUGAGGCUAAAGACAAUGUAAAGUAUCUAUACGCAUUAGAGAAAUUCUGUGAUCCCCUGUACAACAGUGAUCCGGUUUCGAUGGUGGAAGCCAUCCCAGGGUUAAUCAAUGCAAUUCGAAUGAUUCACAGCAUUUCCCGUUACUACAAUACGUCUGAGAAGAUUACCUCCUUAUUUGUGAAGGUAACGAAUCAGAUGAUAACUGCUAGUAAAGCGUACAUAACAAAUAAUGGGACCAGCACAAUUUGGGAUCAACCUCAGGAAGUGAUGGUGAAGAAGCUGAAGGCUGCUAUCCGAUUAAACCAGGAAUACCAGCGCUGCUUCCACAAAACUAAACAGAAGUUGGAACAGAACCCAGCAGAGAGACAGUUUGAUUUCAGUGAGAUGUACAUUUUUGGCAAGUUUGACACAUUUGAAAGGCGUCUGAACAAAAUCCUAGAUAUGUUCAGCAGCAUAACAACGUACUCUGCUCUCCAGGACUCCAAGAUUGAAGGACUGGAAGUAAUAGCUACCAAAUUUCAGAAUAUUGUGCUUAGUUUGAAAAAACAACAGUACAACUUCCUAGACCAGAGGAAAACUGAUUUUGACCAGGAUUAUGAUGAGUUUUGCAAACAAGUAAAAGAGCUACAUUCCCAACUAAGAACAUUUACAGAAAACACCAUUGAAAAAAUUCAGAAUACAGAGCGAGCCUUGACUGUGUUGAAAAAGUUUGAAAGACUUGGAGUGUCAGACCUAGGCGUGGAUGAAAAGUACCAAAAGAUCCUUCAGAACUAUGGGCGGGACAUUGAAAUAGUGUCCAAGAUUUAUACCAAACAGAAAAACGACCCACCAGUUGCCCGGGACAUGCCGCCAAUAGCGGGGAAGAUUUUGUGGGCGCGCCAACUCUUCCAUAAGGUCCAGGAGCCGAUGGGACAUUUCCAGCAGCAGUUGAGCAUCCUGCAGACAGUGGAUGCCAAACGCAUCAUUCGCAAUUACAACAAAGUGGCAAAGGUCUUGCUGGAGUUUGAGAUGCUGUACCACAGGGGCUGGCUGACACAGAUUGAAUUCACAAAAGCAGGGUUACAAGCAUCGUUGUUAGUGAAAGCCCCAGAGACAGGAGAACUGUUUGUCAACUUUGAUCCCCAAAUUCUGACGUUGAUACGUGAAACGGAAUGCAUGGCUAAAAUGGGUCUGGAAAUUCCUCAUUUUGCUAAAAUGUUUCAGCAGAAGCAAGAGAUGUUUAAGAAGAACUACAAUAAGCUUCAGAUGGCUUUAUCAGAAAAUAAAAGGGUGCGAUCCAAAAUCCAAAGUGCAUUUGAACCACUGAUGGGUCCUCAUUUAGCCAAAUUGGAUAACGCCAUUCAACCAGGGUUGACAUCUCUCAAUUGGACUUCUCUGAACAUGGAUAAGUAUCUGAAUGGGAUUUCUGUAGCUUUAGAUGAACUUGAACUGCUGAUAGAUCGUGUGAACGAUCUGAUAGAGUUUCGCAUUGAUGCAGUACUUCAAGACAUGAGCAGCACACAGCUCUGUAAAUUACCAGAAGGCGAAUCUAUUAUGUGUGAAGAAUUUUUGCAGAUGACUAAGGAAUUGUGUGUGAAGGCUGCCCAAAUGCUGCACUGUAAAUGCUCUUUGGUUGAGGAAGCAGCUAAUGAGCUUAUAAACAUGCUCUUGGAUUUGGAGCCUCAGGGUAAAGAGAAGGAGGAAACGUUCAAAGAUGGCACUGGAAGUGGGGAGCGCAAAGAAACUGAUAAGAAUGAAGCAGGAGAAGAAGCGAAGUGUGAGAAACGUUCCAUCUCCCUGAAUGCCAGCCAGCUCAGCAGCGGCCCUCCAUCUCCCCGAAGCAAAAAGAAGAAGCGAGACCUGAUGGAGAUACUGGAAGAGGAAGCACGAGAGCUGUUGUCUUAUUUCAACCACCGCAACGUAGAUGCUUUACUGAAGGUCACCCGUAAUGCUCUGGAAACUAUCCGCAAGCGGAUCCACUCGUCCUCAGUCCUUUACUUUAUAGGUAUGAAACAGUCGAGCCAGCCCAUCUUUAAAACAAAGAUUACGCUGUCCAUUCCCAAUAUAACCAUGGUGCCUCCAUUGGAUGAGGUACAACAGGCUCUCAACAAAGCCGUGGAGUACAUUGUCAGCGUCUCCAGAGGUGUUGGCCAAUGGAGUAGAGAGAGAAUUUCAAAGAAAAAAAUGAAUGAACGAAAGAUUGCAGCCAUGAGGCGAGACAGCAAGGACAGUGAUUCUGAAGAUGGAGCCCCAGAACCUGCAAUCAAAAGCGUUCUUGAUGGCAGCGUCUCAGAUAUCUCUGCCUCUGUGAACCUCCACAUCCCUGUCCAACCUAGGAACUAUCACAAAAGUGUUUCAGAAAACAAGGAGAUCAUAAAACUGGUGUCAGUGCUGAGUACGGCCAUCAAUUCCACUAAAAAGGAGGUGCUUACUGCUCUUGAACAAUUCAAAUGCUAUCAUCACAUCUGGCAGAGAGAGCGGGAAGAGUUCAUUCAGGACUUUAUGAAGGGAAACCCUCGGCUGUCUGAGUUUGAAUCACAGAUUCUCUACUUUCGAGACUUGGAAUCCGAGAUCAACUCUGAAGCUGAAUACAUCUGUGUAGGAGCACUGGCACUUUACACUGCUGAUCUUAAGAUGGCGUUAACUUCAGAAACUAAGGCCUGGAUAACUUAUUUAGGUCGACAUUGUAACAAGAAAUACUGCAACGAGAUGGAGAACAUUUUUACAUUCGUAGAGGAAACCAGCAAAAAACUGAAUCGACCAAUCAAGGAUUUGGAUGACAUUCGAAUAGCAAUGGCUGCCCUCAAAGAAAUCAAAGAGCAGCAGAUUGCCAUUGACUUCCAAGUGGGGCCCAUUGAGGAGUCAUAUGCAACAUUAAACAAGUAUGAAUUGCUUGUGGCCAAGGAAGAGAUUGAGAAGGUAGAUACCCUGCGUUACACGUGGGAAAAACUGCUGGUGCGUGCAAAUGAGAUUCAGAAUGAACUGGUUGCUUUGCAGCCGAAUUUUAGAGGAGACCUCAUCAGCAAUGUGCAGAUAUUCGUUGAAGACUGCAGUCAGUUUUAUGCAGACUAUGAAAAGGAUGGACCAAUGGUUAUUGGCUUGGCCCCACAGGAUGCCAGUGACAGACUUAUCAUUUUUCAGAAUCAAUUUGAUAAUUUAUUUCGCAAGUAUAUCACGUACACCGGUGGUGAGGAGCUCUUCGGUUUGCCUGUCACUCAGUAUUCUCAGCUACUGGAUAUCAGAAAACAAUUGGCUUUGCUUCAGAAGCUGUACGGUCUCUACAACAAUGUGAUCGAUACGGUCAGCAGCUACUACGACAUCCUGUGGUCAGAGGUCAACAUAGACAGAAUCAACAAUGAACUUCAGGAAUUCCAGCACAGAUGCCGUAAGCUUCCACGUGCAUUAAAAGAAUGGCAAGCAUACCUGGAGCUGAAGCAAACCAUCGAUGACUUCAAUGAGUGCUGCCCACUCCUCGAGCACAUGUCUGAUAAGGCCAUGAUGCUACGGCAUUGGAAGCGAAUUGCAGAAACCACUGGGCACAGUUUUGACGUGGAAAGUGAAACUUUUAAGCUGAGGAACAUCAUGGAAGCGCCUCUUCUGAAAUACAAGGAAGAAAUUGAGGAUAUUUGCAUCAGUGCAGUGAAAGAGAAGGACAUUGAGCAGAAACUGAAGCAGGUCAUAGGGGAGUGGGAUAACAAAACAUUCACCUUUGCCAGCUUCAAAGCACGGGGCGAACUGCUGCUGAGGGGAGACAGUACAUCAGAAAUCAUUGCUAACAUGGAGGACAGCUUGAUGAUCUUGGGCUCACUGAUGAGUAACAGGUACAACACUCCUUUCAAACCGCAGAUUCAGAAAUGGGUCCACAAUCUUUCAAACACGACUGACAUUAUUGAGAACUGGAUGACUGUACAGAACCUGUGGAUUUACCUGGAGGCCGUGUUUGUAGGUGGAGACAUUGCUAAGCAACUUCCAAAGGAAGCCAAGCGUUUCUCCAACAUUGACAAAUCUUGGGUGAAGAUCAUGACUCGGGCACAUGAGACCCUCAGUGUGGUGCAGUGCUGUGUAGGGGAUGAAACCAUGGGCCAGCUGUUGCCUCAUUUGCUGGAGCAACUGGAAAUUUGCCAAAAGUCUCUGACUGGGUACCUUGAGAAGAAGCGGUUGCUUUUUCCUCGAUUCUUUUUUGUAUCUGACCCGGCACUUCUCGAAAUCCUUGGUCAGGCUUCAGAUUCUCACACAAUCCAGGCACACCUGCUGAAUGUUUUUGACAAUAUUAAAACCGUCAGCUUCCAUGAAAAGGUGUAUGACCGUAUUUUGGCCAUUUCUUCACGUGAGGGUGAAAUCAUUGAACUGGAUAAGCCUGUCAUGGCAGAAGGAAACGUUGAAGUCUGGCUGAAUGCUUUACUGGUGGAAUCCCAGAAAUCGCUCCAUCUCAUCAUUCGCUCAGCAUCUGCCAGCAUUCAGGACACCAGCUUCCAACUGAUUGAGUUUCUUAACUAUUUUCCUGCACAGGUUGGCUUGCUCGGAAUUCAAAUGAUUUGGACGAAGGAUUCUGAGGAGGCGCUGACCAAUGCCAAGCAGGAUCGCAAAAUCAUGUCAAAAACCAACCAGUCUUUCCUGGAUCUGCUCAAUACCCUGAUCGACAUGACAACAAAGGACUUGAGCCCUGUCGACCGGGUGAAAUACGAAACCCUCAUCACUAUCCAUGUGCACCAGCGGGAUAUCUUUGACGACUUAUGCCGUUUGCACGUUAAAACUCCUGCCGAUUUUGAAUGGCUGAAGCAAUGCAGAUUCUACUUUAAUGAGGACUUGGACAAGAUGCGGAUCAGCAUCACAGACGUUGGGUUCAUCUACCAGAACGAGUUCCUGGGUUGCACAGACAGACUGGUUAUAACACCCCUCACUGACAGAUGUUACAUUACUCUCGCUCAGGCACUUGGAAUGAACAUGGGAGGAGCACCUGCUGGACCAGCUGGCACAGGCAAGACUGAAACGACCAAGGACAUGGGCAAGUGCCUCGGGAAAUACGUUGUGGUUUUCAACUGCUCCGACCAAAUGGACUUCAGAGGCCUUGGGAGAAUUUUUAAAGGUCUUGCGCAGUCUGGAUCCUGGGGUUGUUUUGAUGAAUUUAAUCGCAUUGACCUACCCGUUCUCUCAGUGGCUGCUCAACAGAUUGCUAUAGUGCUGACCUGUAAGAAGGAGCGUAAAAAGAGUUUCAUAUUCACAGAUGGAGAUUCUGUAGAAAUGAAUGCCGAAUUUGGGAUCUUCCUCACCAUGAACCCCGGAUACGCUGGCCGCCAAGAGCUGCCUGAAAACCUGAAGAUCAACUUCCGCUCUGUUGCGAUGAUGGUACCGGAUCGUCAGAUCAUCAUUCGUGUCAAGCUUGCCAGCUGCGGAUUUAUUGACAACAUAACUCUGGCUAGAAAAUUCUUCACCUUAUACAAAUUGUGUGAGGAACAGCUCUCAAAACAGGUACAUUAUGAUUUUGGCCUGCGUAACAUCUUAUCAGUGUUGCGAACUUUGGGAGCUGCAAAACGUGCCAAUCCCAAUGAUACUGAGUCUACCAUUGUUAUGCGUGUGCUUCGGGACAUGAACCUCUCUAAACUGAUUGAUGAAGAUGAGCCACUUUUCCUCAGUCUGAUCGAAGACCUGUUUCCCGGUAUUCAACUGGAUAAAGCAGGAUAUCCACAACUGGAGGCUGCUAUAGAUAAACAGGUUCAGGAAGCUGGACUGGUCAGUCAUCCUCCCUGGAAACUAAAAGUUAUUCAGCUCUUUGAGACUCAAAGAGUCAGACAUGGAAUGAUGACGUUGGGGCCCAGUGGGGCUGGUAAAACAACCUGCAUCCACACAUUAAUGAAAGCCAUGACGGACUGUGGACAACCACAUCGUGAGAUGAGAAUGAAUCCAAAGGCCAUCACUGCACCUCAGAUGUUUGGCCGGCUAGAUGUAGCCACAAAUGACUGGACAGACGGCAUCUUUUCAACUCUGUGGAGAAAAACUCUCAGGGCAAAGAAGGGAGAGCACGUCUGGAUUGUUUUGGACGGUCCCGUCGAUGCCAUUUGGAUUGAAAAUUUGAACUCUGUACUGGACGAUAACAAGACCCUUACUCUGGCGAAUGGUGACCGCAUUCCCAUGGCUCCAAACUGCAAGAUUGUGUUUGAGCCACACAACAUUGACAAUGCCUCUCCCGCGACAGUCUCUCGCAAUGGCAUGGUCUUCAUGAGUUCAUCAGUGUUGAACUUCAGCCCCAUUCUUGAGGGAUGGCUGAAGAAACGGUCUUUACAGGAAGCUGAAGUUUUGAGGCGAUUAUACGCAGUGUCCUUUGCAGAGCUGUACCGUUUCAGUGUCCACUCACUGGAGUAUAAAAUGGAAAUGCUGGAGGCUUUUGUCAUCAUGCAAAGCAUUAACAUGUUGGAUGGCCUUAUUCCACCAAAGGAGCAAGGUGGGGAAGUCACUCGAGAGCAUUUGGAGAGACUUUAUGUUUUCUCACUGAUGUGGAGCAUUGGGGCUUUGCUGGAGUUGGAGGACAGGAGGAAAUUGGAGCUAUGGCUACGGACCCAUGAGACUGUACAGCUUAACCUGCCAAGCAUUCCAUCUGGUAGUGAGGACACAAUGUUCGACUAUGUUGUGCAGUCAGAUGGAAAUUGGUUGCAUUGGAAUACACGGGUGGAAGAAUACUAUUAUCCAACCGACAGCACUCCAGAAUAUGGCUCCAUCCUCGUGCCUAAUGUGGACAAUGUGAGGACCGAUUUCCUCAUCCACACAAUUGCAAAGCAGGGAAAGGCUGUGCUACUGAUUGGUGAACAAGGUACAGCUAAGACCGUGAUUAUUAAAGGAUAUACAUCAAAAUAUGACCCCGAGUCUCACAUUGCCAAGAGUCUCAACUUUUCCUCUGCUACUACACCACUUAUGUUUCAGCGUACAAUUGAGAGUUAUGUUGAUAAACGAAUGGGUACAACUUAUGGCCCACCUGCUGGGAAGAAGAUGACCAUCUUCAUUGAUGAUAUUAACAUGCCAGUGAUUAAUGAAUGGGGAGAUCAGGUCACUAACGAAAUUGUGCGACAGCUGAUGGAGCAAAAUGGCUUUUAUAACUUGGAAAAACCAGGUGAAUUCACUAACAUUAUGGACAUCCAGUUCCUCGCUGCCAUGAUACAUCCUGGAGGUGGCAGAAAUGACAUACCCCAGCGUCUGAAGAGACAGUUCUCAAUAUUUAACUGCACCUUGCCUUCUAAUGCUUCCAUUGACAAGAUUUUUGGUGUCAUUGGAACUGGUCACUACUGUACACAACGAGGCUUCCCUCUGGAGGUGAGAAGUGUAAUAUCAAAGCUGGUCCCAUUGACUCGCAGGCUUUGGCAGAUAACCAAAUUGAAAAUGUUGCCCACACCAGCCAAAUUUCACUACAUUUUCAAUCUGAGAGACCUGUCAAGGAUAUGGCAGGGGAUGCUGAACACCAUCUCAGAGGUUUGUGUGUCACUCUCUGUGGUCCUGGAGCUGUGGAAACAUGAAUGCAAGCGUGUUAUAGCUGACCGCUUUACCACCCCAGAUGACGUAGCUUGGUUUGACAAAAUAUUAGCAAACCUCAUUGAGGAGGCGCUAAAGGAGAAAGCUAUGGCCAUUGUUAAUGUUGGAGUUGAUACUUACUUUGUAGACUUCUUACGAGAUGCUCCUGAAGCCACAGGUGAUGAAACAGAAGAUGCUGACUUUGAGAUGCCAAAGAUCUAUGAGCCCAUUGAGAGUCUCGAUCAUCUGAAAGAUCGUCUGAAUAUGUUUUUGCAGCAAUAUAAUGAAAGUAUCCGUGGAGCAGGAUUGGAUAUGGUGUGCUUCAAGGAUGCUAUGACUCACUUGGUGAAGAUUUCUCGUAUAAUUCGCACAUCUCGUGGGAAUGCUCUGCUGGUUGGUGUAGGUGGGUCAGGCAAGCAGAGUUUGACCAAACUAGCAUCCUUCAUUGCUGGAUACAAGACUUUUCAAAUCACAUUAACAAGAUCAUACAAUACCUUUAACCUGAUGGAAGACUUGAAGGUUUUAUACAAAACAGCUGGGCAUCAAGGCAAGGGUAUCACCUUUAUCUUUACAGACAAUGAGAUCAAAGAUGAGUCGUUCCUUGAAUACAUGAACAAUGUUCUGUCAUCAGGAGAGGUUUCUAACUUGUUUCCUCGCGAUGAAAUAGACGAGAUCACCAGUGACCUCAUACCUGUCAUGAAGAAAGAGUAUCCUCGCCGGCCACCCACCAAUGAGAACCUUUAUGACUACUUCAUGACCAGAGUUCGUCAGAACCUUCACGUGGUCCUUUGCUUUUCACCAGUGGGAGAAAGAUUCAGAAAUCGAGCUCUGAAGUUUCCUGCCCUCAUUUCAGGCUGCACCAUGGACUGGUUCAGUCGCUGGCCCAAAGAUGCUCUCAUUGCCGUGUCUGAGCAUUUCCUAUCGUCUUACGACAUUGACUGCACCACAGAGGUGAAGAGAGAGGUGGUUCAGUGUAUGGGUUCCUUCCAGGAUGGAGUGGCGGAGAAAUGUGUGGAUUAUUUCCAGAGAUACCGUCGAUCUACCCACGUGACGCCUAAAUCCUAUCUCUCGUUCAUCCAGGGAUAUAAGGCCAUCUACAAAGAGAAACACUCUGAGGUUCAAACAAUGGCCAACAGAAUGAACACUGGUCUGGAGAAGCUGAAGGAGGCUUCGGAAUCAGUGGCAGCUCUCAGUAAAGAGCUGGAGGUGAAGGAGAGGGAACUACAGGUUGCCAAUGAGAAGGCUGACAUGGUGCUGAAAGAAGUGACUGUGAAGGCUCAAGCAGCUGAAAAGGUAAAGAUAGAGGUUCAGAAGGUGAAGGACAAGGCUCAGGCCAUUGUUGACAGUAUAUCAGCAGACAAGGCCAUUGCUGAAGAGAAACUGGAGGCUGCAAAACCCGCACUAGAGGAAGCCGAGGCAGCUCUUCAGACCAUUAAGCCUUCCGAUAUUGCAACUGUCCGCACCCUGGGCAGGCCACCUCACCUCAUCAUGCGAAUCAUGGACUGCGUACUACUGCUUUUCCAGAGGAGAGUGAACACUGUGAAAUUCGAUGCUGAGAAGAAUUGCCCCACACCUUCCUGGCAAGAAUCACUGAAGCUAAUGACCGCAGGAAACUUUUUGGCAAAUCUCCAGCAAUUUCCUAAAGACUCAAUAAACGAGGAGGUUGUGGAUUUGCUCCAGCCUUACUUUGAAAUGCCGGACUACAACAUUGAAACAGCCAAGAGAGUCUGUGGCAACGUGGCAGGACUCUGUUCGUGGACCAAGGCUAUGGCUUCAUUCUUUUCCAUUAACAAGGAAGUGUUGCCAUUAAAGGCGAAUUUGGUAAUUCAAGAAAACCGCCUGGAGAUAGCCAUGUUAGAUCUCCAAAAAGCACAGGCAGAGCUGGAUGACAAACAGGCAGAGCUGGAUGUUGUACAGGCAGCAUACGAGAAGGCCAUAAUGGAGAAACAAACACUGCUGGAAGAUGCUGAGCGCUGCCGACACAAGAUGCAGACUGCAUCCUCCCUGAUCAGUGGGCUGGCAGGUGAAAAGGAACGAUGGACUGAACAGAGCAAGGAAUUUUCAGCACAAACCAAACGUCUUGUAGGUGAUGUGUUGUUAGCCACCGCUUUCCUGUCAUAUUCAGGCCCCUUCAACCAGGAGUUCCGUAAUUUGUUGCUGAGAGACUGGCAAAAGGAAAUGAAAACACGUAAAAUUCCCUUUGCCAAUAACCUGAACCUCACAGAAAUGUUAAUUGACGUCCCGACAAUUGGUGAAUGGAACCUGCAAGGCUUACCGAACGAUGAGCUGUCGAUACAGAAUGGAAUCAUUGUUACCAAAGCAGCUCGGUACCCUUUGCUGAUUGAUCCACAAAAUCAGGGCAAGAUAUGGAUAAAAAACAAAGAGGCGAAGAAGGAACUCCAGAUCACGUCUUUAAAUCACAAAUACUUCAGGAACCACCUGGAGGAUGGGCUGUCACUCGGCAGACCAGUGCUUAUUGAGGAUGUUGGUGAGGAGCUCGACCCAGCCCUGGACAAUGUCUUGGAGAAAAAUUUCAUUAAAACAGGUUCUACAUACAAGGUGAAAGUUGGUGAUAAAGAAGUGGAUGUAAUGAAUAGAUUUAGACUAUACAUUACCACAAAGCUUCCAAACCCAGCAUAUACACCGGAGAUCAGUGCUCGGACCUCCAUCAUUGACUUCACUGUCACUAUGAAAGGGCUGGAGGACCAGUUACUGGGGAGAGUCAUUCUGACUGAAAAGCAGGAGCUGGAAAAGGAGCGAACCGAUCUGAUGGAAGGUGUAACCUCAAACAAGAGGAAGAUGAAGGAGUUGGAAGACAAUCUGCUGUAUCGUCUGACCAGCACAAAGGGCUCUCUUGUUGAAGAUGAAAGCCUUAUCACUGUUCUGAGCAACACAAAGAAGACGGCAGAGGAGGUCACACAAAAACUACAGACAGCUGCUGAGACAGAGAUACAGAUUAAUACUGCCCGUGAAGAGUACCGCCCAGUUGCAACCAGAGGGAGUAUCCUGUAUUUCUUGAUCACGGAAAUGAGCAUGGUGAACGUUAUGUAUCAAACGUCUCUGCGUCAAUUCCUGGGGCUCUUUGACUUGUCAUUAGCCAGGUCUGUCAAAAGUCCCAUCACUAGUAAGAGGAUAGCAAACAUCAUAGAGCAUAUGACGUACGAAGUAUACAAGUUCACAGCUCGGGGGCUUUAUGAGGAGCACAAGUUUCUCUUCACCCUUCUCCUUACCCUGAAGAUUGACAUGCAAAGUAACAGACUGAAACACCAAGAGUUCCUCACUCUCAUCAAAGGAGGUGCUUCUUUGGAUUUUAAGGCCUGUCCGCCUAAACCUGCAAAAUGGAUCUUGGACAUGACCUGGCUAAACCUGGUGGAACUCAGCAAACUCAGACAAUUCUCUGAUGUCUUAGAUCAAAUUGGGAGGAAUGAAAAGCUAUGGAAGAUCUGGUUUGAUAAAGAGGCUCCUGAGGAGGAAGAUGUUCCGAAUGCCUAUGACCAGUCGUUGGAUUGCUUCCGACGUCUUCUCCUGAUCAGAUCCUGGUGUCCCGACAGAACCAUUGCUCAGGCUCGCAAAUAUGUUAUAGAUGCAAUGGGAGAAAAGUACGCAGAAGGAGUCAUCCUGGAUGUUGAAAAGACCUGGGAGGAAUCUGAUCGACGCACUCCUCUAAUUUGCUUUUUGUCAAUGGGUUCUGAUCCCACGGAUUCCAUUAUAGCUUUGGGCAAAAGAGUCAAGAUAGAAGCGCGUUGCGUCUCUAUGGGGCAAGGACAAGAGGUUCACGCUCGCAAGCUUCUCCAGCAAACUAUGACUAAAGGCGGAUGGACACUGCUUCAGAAUUGUCAUUUGGGUCUCGAUUUCUUGGAAGAACUGAUGGACAUCAUUACAGAAACGGAGAAUAUCCACGAGACGUUCCGUCUGUGGAUGACGACGGAGGUGCAUAAGCUGUUCCCCAUUACACUUCUCCAGAUGUCAAUCAAGUUUACCAAUGAACCUCCUCAGGGCCUAAAGGCAGGUCUGAAAAGAAACUUCUGUGGAAUCAGUCAGGACCUGUUGGAUGUUAGUAAUAUGACUCAGUGGAAGCCGAUGCUUUAUGCAGUUGCCUUUUUACAUUCUACUGUACAAGAACGGCGCAAGUUUGGUCCUCUUGGUUGGAAUAUUCCAUAUGAGUUUAACCAGGCUGAUUUUAAUGCUACAGUGCAAUUUGUACAGAACCACUUGGAUGAUAUGAACAUCAAGAAGGGUGUUUCUUGGACCACUGUGCGUUACAUGAUUGGCGAGAUUCAGUAUGGUGGCAGAGUCACAGAUGACUAUGACAAACGACUGCUGAACACUUUUGCUAAGGUCUGGUUCAGUGAAAAUAUGUUUGCUCCAGACUUUUGCUUCUACAAGGAUUACAACAUUCCCAAGUGUAUAUCAGUGGAUCAAUACCUGCAGUAUAUUCAGAGUCUUCCUACUUAUGACACUCCAGAAGUGUUUGGCUUGCACACCAAUGCUGAUAUCACCUACCAGAGUAAGCUUGCCAAGGAUGUUCUGGACACUAUAUUAAGCAUUCAGCCCAAGGACAGUUCUAGUGGGGGAGGAGAAACCAGAGAAGCAAUGGUAGCAAGAUUGGCUGAUGACAUGUUGGAGAAACUGCCUGCAGACUACAUACCAUUUGAGGUCAAAGAGAAACUGCAGAAGAUGGGAGCGCUGCAACCAAUGAAUAUCUUCCUUCGUCAGGAGAUUGACCGAAUGCAAAGGGUUAUUAGUCUGGUGCGGAGCACGCUGAUGGACCUAAAGCUUGCAAUUGAUGGAACCAUCAUUAUGAGCGACAACCUCAGAGAUGCCUUAGACUGCAUGUAUGAUGCACGAAUUCCAGCUCGGUGGAAAAAGACAUCCUGGGCAUCUAGCACACUUGGCUUUUGGUUCACUGAGCUGCUGGAGAGAAAUCGCCAAUUCAGCGCCUGGAUUUUUGAUGGCCAGCCAAACUUCUUCUGGAUGACUGGCUUUUUUAACCCUCAGGGAUUUUUAACAGCAAUGAGACAGGAAGUUACCCGUGCUCACAAGGGUUGGGCCCUGGACAGUGUGGUGCUGUGCAACGAGGUCACCAAAUGGAUGAAGGAUGACAUCACAAGCCCCCCUUCGGAAGGGCUCUAUGCCUAUGGCUUGUACCUGGAAGGAGCUGGUUGGGACAGACGCAAUUCAAAACUCAUUGAAUCCAAACCCAAAGUGCUGUUUGAGCUGUUGCCAGUCAUACAUAUCUCAGCUCAGAAUAACCUGAGUGCAAAAGAUUCCCGAUUAUAUUCAUGUCCCAUAUACAAAAAGCCAGUCCGGACUGACCUGAACUACAUAGCUGCAGUGGACCUAAGGACAGUUCAGACGCCUGAGCAUUGGAUCCUACGAGGAGUUGCACUUCUUUGUGAUGUCAAAUAAACAUUGUUGAAUACAAAA